CUCUGUAGACGGAAUUUCUCACACACCCCUUGCACACUGUAGGCCUACACGUCCGUUGACGGAGAGGGCCGUGAGAUGGACGACUGCCCUCAAUACCGGACCCACCUCGCCGUCAAGCUGGAGCUCCAGAAACACACAGCCCUCGGUACCCCCAUGGCAGAAAAAAAUAAAAAAGAUAUGGAAGAAGAGCUCACCUGCAGCAUUUGCCUCUCUCUCUUCGAGAUGCCGGUGACGAUUUCAUGCGGACACAACUUCUGUCACGACUGUCUUACCUCCAGCUGGAAGGAGAGUUAUGACUGCCCUCAAUGUCGGGCCCACUUCCCCACCAGGCCAGAGCUCAAGAAGAACACGGUACUCAGUACUGUGGUGGAAAAGUUCAAAAACUGCUCCAGUAUGACCGAGUUCGGAUUUGAGAAGGAGGAGGAAGCCGUCAAAAGGCCCAUCGUGAUGUGCGAUACGUGUAUGUCCUCCGAAGCGGCCAAGACCUGCCUCACCUGCAUGGCGUCGUUCUGCCUCGAGCACGUUCGGCCCCACCACGACAACCCGAACUACCGCGCGCACCAGCUCAGAGAGCCGCUCGCGGACAUGAGCGAGCGUGUCUGCCCCGACCACCACAAGCUGAUGGAGUUCUUCUGCGUCGAACACAGCCGCUGCAUCUGCAAACUCUGCCUGCAGCAGGUCCACAAAGGAUGCACCCUCAAGACUCCCGAUAACCAAAAGGCUCUGAAAGAGUCUGAUUUGAAAUCCAAAUUGUUGUUCCUGGAUUCAAAGAUUGAAAAGACCGAGGCUGUAAUUUCCCAGAUGACAGUGGACCAGAACAAGUUAAAGGAAUCUGUGACCAGCAGGAAGAAGAUCCUGGAGGCCGAGUACCAGCAGAUCCGAGAGAUGCUGGACAAAGAGGAGCGUGAAGCCAUGAACACAGUGGACCGCCAGCUGCAGAGUGGAGAGGACAAGUACAAUAAGGUCACAAAGAGGUUCUCCCAGAAUAUCCAGGAGAUGGACAAUGCCAAACGCGGCAUCAGCGAUCUGCUGAGUCAGUCAGCCACCCUAGCCUUUCUGCAGGAUUCUUCAGUGGACCUGCCUUCUGUUGUCAAUGCUGAGUGCAAGACUCCUCGGGUAAAUCUGGACACCACAGACGUGAUUGGCGCCCAGACGUUCGUCGUUGUCUUCAAGGAUUAUCUGUGUGACCUGUUGAAACAACCUGUUGAGAAGAGACUAACGAUACUGAAACCAGGGACCUUCCAGGGUGCCGGGCACUUCCAGGGUACCGGGCUCAUCCAGGGUCCCGGGCCCUUCCAGGGUCCCGGGCCCUUCCAGGGUCCAAGGCCGUUCCAGGGUCCAAGGCAGUUCCAGGGUCCAAGGCAGUUCCAGGGUCCAAGGCAGUUCCAGGGUCCCGGGCACUUCCAGGGUCCCGGGCACUUCCAGGGUCCCGGGCACUUCCAGGGUCCCGGGCACUUCCAGGGUCAACCAGGUGUCCACCCUGGUCCAGCACCCUGCUCGGUUCCAAGGCUCCCAGGACCCAGGGGCAGACAUCCGCGGAAACCCGCCCAGGGUCAAAAAGAAAAGGGUGAGACGAAGAUGAGGGCAGCAUGCUCCGUGGAGAACCUUCUGAAUGUAAACAAGAGAGAUCAAUCCAGAGGCCGGACACCUGAACGGAAACCAACAGAGGAUCAAGAUUCUUUGAACGUCCCGCCGACCAUUACCUCCCUCGUAGACAGACACGAGCUUCUCAAAUACGCCACGGUGCUCACCUUGGAUCCAAAGACGGCCCACAGACGUGUGAAGCUGAGCGACGACCUGACCGAGGCCUCAGUGAUGGACGAGCCAGCGAACUACCCCGACGGCCCUGCGCGGUUCUCAUUCUGCUCCCAGGUGCUGACCUCCGAGAGUUUCUCCAAAGGACGCCACUACUGGGAAGUGAAGAUGAGCAGCAACAACUUCGUGGCCAUAGGGCUCGCUUACAAGAGCAUGGAUCGCAAAGGCCCCACCACCAGUCGCUUGGGCCGUAACGACCAGUCCUGGUGCGUGGAGUGGUUCAGCCUGAAGCUGUCCGCCUGGCACGCCAACAGCGAGACGGUGCUGGAGAGUCUCAGUGCCACUGCCAACCGCAUUGGCGUGCUGGUUGAUUGUGAUGAGGGAACGGCCACGUUCUACAGCAUUGGUGAGAAGGCGAAUCCCUUCCACACUUUUGUGUUUCCUUUCACCCAAGCCGUGUAUCCGGCCUUCUGGAUCUUCUCAAACACGUCUUCCAUCGCCUUGUGCAAGCUGUCUGGCUGAGGGGUGGCUAUGCAUACAUUGGCUUUGUGACAUUGUAUGAUCUAUAUUUACCCUUUUCUUGAUACACGGGGACAACGCUUAUUUACUUGAACCAUCCAGAUUAUUUGACCGCUAAAACAACUGAACACUUGUUCUACUCUUCAAUCACUAAAGGUCUUAUGAUUAAUAGAGUUCAAAUGUGUUGUGAAAAGUAAAACACGGUCUUAAAUCUGAUACGUGAGACUGAAUUGUAUGUUAUACACGGGCCGUUUUACAUUCUUUCACUUCAAAUGUGUUUUGACCAAUCAUGUUCCUCCUGGAGCGGAGAAGUCGCAACUGGAACCAACCUGACAGGCUGAAGCACAGAAAAUGUGACAUGGCUCCCCAUCGAUUGGAAGUGACAGAUAACAAUCAAGAAAGUUAUACGUCUGUCGAUUAUGCUGUCAUGGCUUCGACUUUCACAAAAGAAAAUACAUGAAUCACUGCUAGGUGAAAACUCUGACGUGCGCCCAGACUCACCUCUGACUCUUUAAAACGUGACCUGUAGGUAUUAGUGACGGUGCCAAGGUGGUGGGCACCAAUGGCAGGACUCUUAUACUGUGCUAUCCCCAUAGUGUUGCUGCAAUAUCAUUAUCCUGUUACCUGUAUGAAGACAAGUGUAUAUCCUGACCGGCCAUCAACAUCCUUAGACAAAGUGUAAAGGGUUAAAGUCCAACCUGUGUGGGAAACUGGCCACAGUAGAAAUACAUUCUGUUAUAUUCUGAACCCUCCAUCUUGCCACGCUCUAAUGAGUUUCUCUCUGAAUCUGGAAGAAAUCUGGACGAAUGUUCAGCAAUAGCAUUGUCAAAUAUCUAGAUCAGAGAUUACAUUCAUUUUAAUCCCAAUGUUAAAGUAACAUGUCUUGGGUUUUCGAUUUUAGUGGAAUGCCGUACAUUAUGUUCAAUGGCAUCAAUGACGAUCAGAAGUGUUGGGAACCUUCACUCUCUUUCGAAUGCUUCAAAUCGGUUGAUUCUUUAUGAAGCAAUAAGUAAUGAGAGGCUGUGAUUUAUGACUGGCUAGGGGGCGUUAUGCACGACGUCAACUGUUACAUUAAAUUUGAUUUUGUCCUACAUUUAUUUUGAUAAAUGUAUACCUUGUUGGGAUUUGUACCAUGCAUCAUAAAACUUAUCACGGUCCUUGUCUGUGACAUUCGUCUACUGUCUCGGGUCUGUGAUGCAUGUAUGUGUUCUUGUUUUAACUGUGACUGCGACUUUUCUGUGUACGUGUCUACUAUUCUGUACUCUAAAUCCGUAAGGCCUGAAGACAACUCUUCCAUCCCUUAAACUAAAUUUAAACAUGCUUCAUGUAUCUGAAUAAAAAAAUAAAUCUCUAAUAGUG